CAUGGCCGAGAAACGGAUAAGACCCUCCCUCCCUACCUUCGGCGGGAGAGGAAAUGAAGAGAAAGUAGAAGUAGAAGUAGAAGUAGAAGUAAAAGAGUAAUGUCUGAAUCUGUUAGCUUUUUUGGUUCGACGCCCUUUCUUCGUUCUCGUCACCCAAACGUCGCCUCCAAAAGCAAUCAGUGUUCCAGAGUGAAGUGCGCAUCGUUGCCCCCAAAAGCUCGGGAGAGCAGGCGAUUGUUCUCCGUCUCUCUCCUAUUCCUUCUCUCUAUCCCUAAAACAGAUGCCGUGGCUGCUAGCAUUUUUGAUAAGUAUGUAAAAAGAAAAAAGCUUGAUCCGCUAGAGGCUUAUGUACCUGCUGUUAUAUUGUCUCAGUUGCAGUUUAAGGAUUUAGGGAAAACUCUGGAAGUUGAUCAACCACAAUAUGCUGCCUGUCGGAGUAUAUUACGUUCUGGCCCUGCAGCAUCCCUUCGUGUAAAUAUUCGUGCAGUAGCACAAUAUGCAUCUGAUGGUGGCCUCGGUAAAACUGCUUUCAGUGAUGUUGAUCAAUGUCUCAGAGCAUUGGAAGAACUCGAUUCUUUGCUUCUGCACGCGUCAAGAAAGGAUCCAGAAGCUUCAGUUGAAUCAAUGAAGGCAAAGAUUGGAAUUGCUGUUGAUGCAUUGGACAGCCUCCUCCAGACUGUACCUUCUGAUGUGUUGGAACAAGGGAAGUCUAUUGCUGAUGCUUAUAGGAUCCCAGAAGAUGUGGCACCUGAAGUGUCGGACCCAGAGAUUAAACAGUUGGAAUCGAUAUUAUGAGUUCUUAAACCUUAUGCUAUUGUCAUAUACAGCUACAUCCUUAUGUUAUUAUCAUAUACAGCUACACCCAUCCAACGAAAUGAAAAUGGUGCACGUUUGAUCCUAAUCCAUUUUGGGAAGGAAAUGUAAACUUUCCGGCAGAUUUUUGUAGUCGGUGCACUGUUAAAAGUUUUUCAUGUUAAAAGUUUUUCAUAUUGGCUUAGAAUAAAGUUUUUCGACUUUUAAGGGUGUCA